CGAUUGAUAAUCCGAUUUUUGUCGAAAUAUUGUUAAAACGCUCGAUUUUAAAUCGCGAACUUUCUAACUAUCGAAAUAUGGGUUUUAGCCGAAAUGGGAUGUUACAUCCACCAUCCCAAGAGCUUACUGCACAGAUGAUGGGCCAAAGUGGUCAAGCCCACAUGACCCAUCAGUUUCUUCCUUACAUGGGCUUGACUCAGUCACAGGUGGGCCUUAAUGAAGGAGGAAAUAAUUCCUUUUUUCUACAACAGAACCAGGAAGGCGGCCCGUCUUACUCCCAUAGGCCCAUUUCCAACAAAAUUGUUUCUGAAGCCAACAACAAUUCAAAGGAGGUGGACAUUAACCAGGUUAUUGUGCAACUGGGAGAAACAGGUCUGAAGACAAUGGAGCACCCCUGCUUCCCACAGAAAAAGAAAAGGAAUCAAGGGAAGGAACUGGAUUUCGAAGGCCCCUACUUCUCCCAUGGGGGAAUCCCAGCACCAACGCAAAGCCCCAAGAGCAGAGCUAUAAUUAGGAAAAGCAAGACGAAACCAACUGGAAAGAUGGAGAAAGAAUCACAGCCUGAGAAGCAGCAAGUGUGGGCUGAGGAUAAGAAAAUUUCUGAAGUGUAGGUGGCCAACUAUAAGCCACCACAAGAACCAUGAGCGGCUUAUGUUGGAACUGCCGGGGGAUUGGGCCCCCUCGGACAGAGAAGCAGCUAGAGAAGAUGAUUAAGAAGUUUAAGCCCUCUUUUGUGUUUCUUAUGGAAACAAAAAACAACGAAGAUACCGUGAAACAACUGCAACUACGCAACAAGUUUCCUGAAAGUUGCUAUGUCAAUCCGGAGAGGACAGCUGGUGGUUUGACUCUAUGGUGGGCAGCUGAUUUCCCUCUUCAAGUUUUGGAUAGAGGACGGCAUUUUAUUGAUGUUUUUGUUAGUUAUGGGUGUGGGUUUUUUAUGACCUUUGUUCACGCUCCCUCAGUUGCUAAUGAGAGGAGAGUGUUUUGGGAUAGGAUUUCCAGAUUUCGUAAUGUUCCUAAUGUACCAUGGGUUGUGUUAGGCGAUAUGAAUGCAAUGAUUUAUGACUAUGAGAAGAGUGGGGUUGGGCCUUUGCGACGCGAAUCAGUUGAACCAUUCAAAUCUUUCAUCUUCGACAAUGGACUCAUGGACAUGGGAUUCAAAGGUCCUCAGUUUACUUGGUCUAAUAGAAGAAGAGGUGAUCG